AUGCUGUUCAUCGGCCCGAAUGACCUCGCCCUGUCGGUCCUGGGAUAUGUGCCUGCAAAGGGCGAUGAGCCCGAGUUCGUUGGUGCCAUUGAGAAGAUCGUGACGGCUGCCAGAAAACACGGCAAAUGGGUCGGUCGGUUGUCAAAUGAUGGGGCAUCGUCUAAAGCACAUCUCACGGUGUUUGAUACUGUAGCGAUGAGCUAUGACAUUCGGGCUGUCCAGAAUUGGUCCAGGGCUGAGCUUCAGGUUGCGCGGUCAUGA